AACUCUUGAAGUUGUUCCUGAAAGACUAUAUCAUGGUGGUGGGAACGGACACGCUGACACAGGAAGUGCCCUAUCUGGGAGGCAAAACUGAACUGGCGUUCUUUGUAGAGGGUCUUCGCUUCCCUGAUAAAGACUUUGAUGGGCUCGUCACCAUCAACCUCAGUCUACUAGAGCCCUGUGGCAAGGGUUUCCCUGAAACGCCCAUCUUCACCGAUACAGUUGUAUUUCAUGUUUCACCCUGGAUCAUGACCCCAAACACCCUCAAACCUGUGGAGGUGUAUGUGUGCAGCACAAAUGAUAACUACACCUUCCUGAAGAGCAUAAAGAACCUGGUGGACAAGUGUGGCUACAAACUGAAAAUAUGUCAUGAGUACAUGAACCGAGGUGACCGCUGGAUACAG